GCGUUUUCGAGGAUACCACACUGAAUCAAGGUCAUGUCAUGUCACGGUCAUUUUCUGUGAAGAUCCGGCAUUACAAACCCGUAUUUUUUGCGUGAAUCAACGAUUUUGAACAAGGUCUUGCGCUCUACAUGUACACUUAGUAAUAGCCAUGGAAGGCAACUACCCACCCGGUUUUUACCUUCCUGAGAGGGAGCAACAAGAAAACAGGCAACAGCAGCCACCGCAACAGCAACCACAACAGCCGUCGCAACAGCAACAUGUUGCCCACUAUCCUUUUGAUUUGCCAAUACCAUACCACACACCGUCACAACACCAGGCUGAUUAUAUGGAGGACCAGCCAACCAGGGUAUUCCCCUUGCCGCACCCAGGGACAGUCACACAGAUGUUCACACCAGUCUAUCAUGAUUCUGGGCACUCAUCGGCAAACCAUUUGCAUCACACCCUUCCUCAACGACCAAUCGCAUACGGAGGACAUGGGGUCAAGUAUCCCGGUCUUCAAGGGAAUUUUACGCCACCUCUCACAGCCCAAGAACCGGUCGUAGAGAGAAGUAGUAUGGCAGUCACAACUCGAGAACCAGUUGCGGAAACGACCAACUUACCAACCACCACGCUCGGAUCAGCCUCCACUAAUCGUGACAUUUCUCCGGAUACCGCCAUUCCACUGACUGCAACUCACGAGUCAUUAGAGAGCAACAUUCCACCUACUACAGCAAACAGCAUUCCAGCUACUACAACUAGUGGGUCAGUUACCAGCAGUAGUUCGGACGUGACUAUGAUCACCAAGAUUCGCGGAACGGCUGAAGAGAAGCAUAUUCGACUUGUGCCUACACGUAAACAGCCACUAGAGGGCGCUACAUCUCAGGACCAUGAUACUGCAUCUAGCUCUAAACAAGUGCAGUCCAGAGGAGAUAAAGAGGAGGAGGCCAGGCCAUCACCACAAUCUCCAAGUAGUUCUACCGAGGAACCACAGCUGCUUGCAGCUCUCAAUCUGAAAAAGAUCAGCUCCGUAACAGAUCUACUGCCAUCCCUCGAGCUAAGGGCGCCAUUACAGGACAAAGUGGAUGGAGUGGUCGCCAAGGAAAUGAUAGAGAAGGGUACAGAGUUUGGACCCUACGUAGGAAUCUUGAUGAACGAGGAACAGGGUUUUGCCAGAGAAACAACGUGGGAGCUUUGUAUUACAGGGAAAGUUUUCUUCUACAUCGAUGGGCGGAAGACUUGGAUGUCUCAUCUGAGGUUUGCACACAGCGAUGAGGAGCAAAACAUAGAGGCGUAUCAGUACUGCGGCGAUAUCUACUUCAGAACCACAAAGGUCAUCGACCCAGGAAGUGAACUGAGAGUGUACUAUAGCAAGGAUUAUGGGAAGUGUGUUGGUAUCGAGAUGGCACUGGAAGAUCUGAAGUUUCAUGAAGAUUCGCAAAAGUUCCAAUGUAGCCUGUGUGAGGACAUGUUCACAUCCCCCAAAUUAACCCUGAGACAUAUCAGAUGUGAACACAACCAUGGCAAACCGGAAGAGAUGGUCCCAGUGGUUACUUGGAAGAAAAAGAAGAAAAGGAAAUUUGUGGCGAUUGAAGUCGGUUCCAAACAGCAACUAGGAAGUCAGCUGAAAGUCAAUGAUCAGGACGAUUCAGAAUUCAAGUGUGAAACUUGUCAGAAGACCUUCCCUUCUUUCGGAAGACUAAAGGCUCAUGAGUUAUUCCACGAGAAAAAGGAGGCAUCUACAGAAAUUGAGAAAGAUCCUACAGACCCUUUCAAAGAGCAUGCAAAUAAAAUGUUUGGAUGCAGUGAAUGUAAUAAAGUUUACAAAUGCGUGCGUUCGCUUAAUCGCCACGAGAGGAGGGCUCAUGGGCAUCGCUGUGAAUACUGCUGGGAAAGGUUCCCAAGCAAGAAAGAUUGUGUUAAACAUGAGCAAACACACCAAGCAUUUAAAUCAUCAGGUGCAGCAGAGCCCAAUCCAGCUGGAACGACUGAUGCCCGUUCAAGAAAGAGCCGGAAACCCCCUGGCAUUCAACCCUCGGAACCAACAGCUGAUGAGCCUAAGGAUAUGCUUGGUAGACCUACUGAUUAUUACCAACGUCCUUAUAAAUGUCGCUUCUGCUCAAACAGAUACACUUCGAAAUCGGUAGCUGAGCGCCAUGAAAGGGAAGUCCACAAAGGGGAGGGAGAUUUCAAAUGUAGCUAUUGUACUAAGGUAUUUAGCACCGUCAGUCGUCUCAAAGACCACCUUGUGCUGCAUAAAUAUGUGAACAUGUAUCCAUGCUCAGAAUGUCCGAAAAGUUUUGCUUCAGAGAGCGCCCUCAACAACCAUCGAGGAGAACACACAGGGCUCAAACCGUUCAAAUGUGACGUCUGCGACCGGGGAUUCAGAACUAGGAAGUUGGCUCUUAAGCACAAGAGACGCAUACACAGUGAGCGCCCGAAGCGCUUCAUCUGCACCUUCUGUGACAAAGGCUUUGCCGACAAGUGUGACUGGAAGGUCCAUGAAAGGCGCCACAAGGGUAUCAGGCAGUAUGUUUGCCUGGAUUGUGGGAAGGGUUUCACGUCAAGCACUUCGCUUGCUGCGCACAAGCAAGCCAUGCAUAUUAAGGUCAAACCCUUCUCCUGUGGAAUCUGUGGUAAAAGCUUUGCCUUGAAUCAUCAAUACAAUCAUCACAUGGCUAAGCAUCGCUUAGAAGGGGAGGACCAACCCCAGAUACCAGUACAUAUGCAGCAACAGCCGUGCAUGUAGUUCUUGUAAUGAUUCAAUCAUGAGAAUUAAUUGAAUUGAAUUCUUUAAUUAAGUCGCAUAGAGAGCCCUUUCUUGGCAAGUCUGUAAUUUUUGUAAUAUUUUCUUCUGAUAUUUAAAUCUCCCAAAUGUGUAGUGUCUGUAUGUAUAUGUGGAUGAUUUUGUAAUAAAAAUGACUUUACCAGUGGUAGUUGAUAUUUGAUACUCUUUUUUUUUUAUUUUUUAGAAAAGGCCCUUUGAAAUAUCUGUUUGAAUUAAUGAAUAUGGCAGAAAAAUAUAAAUACUGAAAAAAAUUGUAUUCUAAAUUUUCUUCCCAUUUCAUACUUUUGAUGGGUUUCCUACGGUCAUACUAAAACAGGAGGAAAAUGGCUACUUUAUAUCAAGGUAUUUGAUCUGUCGCCUUCAUCCUCGUUAUUUAAAUCAUAGCUUUCAAUUUUACACAACAUGUAUCAUUUAUGUGAUAAUUUUUAUUUUAUACGGUAAUGAAUUCAAAUUUGUAGUUUAUCUGAAACUAAGCAUCUGGUAUUUUUUGUCGUAGAGCACAAUAAUUUGCAAAAUUUCCAAAAUGCAAUGUUAGCAAUUCAUAUUGCAAGAAAGCUCAAUUGCGUACAAAAAGCUGCUUUAGCAUGUUUUCUUUUUUUUUCUUUUAUCCGUAUGUAAUACCCAUUUCGUGUGACUGGAUAUUGUCACUAGUGUGAAAAUCGGGAGGAAAAAAAUUAGUCCUUUUUACUUGGGUUCUCUUCCAUACUGUUAACAUGUAAGAUUGAAGGAUGAGUACAGCUAACUCUGCAAGAGUAACGAUUGAUUUGAUCAACCUUAGUACCGGUAUAUGGAAAUCCAUUGAUGUCAUUAUUUUUUCUAUAAAAAAAAAAAUUGGCACAAUGUCCUUUUUCAGCAAAGAGAAACACUGAAUUUUCAAGAAAUCAAUUAAUGUAUGAAUUUACCCCAUAUCUAGAAAAUAUUUCAAGCAAACAUGGACUGCUGUCGGUAUUGCUGGCUUUCCGUAGUUAUGGUUGAUUAGAUCAAUCGCAACUCUUGUCAGACGGGGCCCAGAUCUGAAAUAAUAAGUUAGGCGAUUAUUCGACUUACGGAAUAUUGACGUAUUCAGUCUACUGUACUAGAUUUAUGUUUAUGUGCAUGCUUGUGGAAGUGAUUCUGGUCUGAUCUGUAAAGCUUAUUUACUACUUAUUAUGUUGAUGAUGAUGAUGAAGUUCAUGGUGAUUGAUAUAUUAAAUGAUAAUCAUGAAAAUAAUUAUGACAUAAUUGAUAGAUUCCAUCGUCUGUAAUGAUGUUAUUGAUUGAUGAUGUCAACGACAAUGGUAACAAUAUAUGUCGACCUAUGACGAUGAUGAUGAAGGAUACUGCUCUUGCUGAUAGCAUGAUAAUAGUGUCAAUUCUAGUAGAGACAACUGAUGAUCAUGACAACAGUAAAAUUAGUGUUGAUUAGAAUACUUUAGAAUGAUAAUCAUGAUAGAAUGAUAGUCAUGAUAGAAUGAUAAUCAUGAUAGAUAAAUGAACAACAAAUACAAAAGAUAGAUUUCUUAUUUAUUUACUUUUUUUUUACAUCUGUGUAUUUUUUUUGUAUUUUCCAUUUCCAUUUAUUGAGCAUUUUGCAUCUACAUGUAUGUAUUUUCUUGUUUGUAUAAUGCUGAUAUAUUUAAUAUUUAUAUCUCACUGUAUUAUAUUUCAUGUAAUGAGUGGAAUUCAAUUAUUUAAAUCUUGGGAUUAUCUAAUGAUUAUUAACUUGCUCUGAUAUCAAACGAAAUCUGGUAACAUACAAUCAAAUCAAAUUUGUUGAAGUCUAUAUAUGGAGACUCUGUCUCCAAUAGGUUAAGAGAAGAGUUAUAUAAAAUGGUUUUGAAUUAUGAUAUAUAUAGAAUUUAUAUAGCACAACUUAUUUCUAAAUUCUGAAUAUAUUGUGUUAAAACAAGUAUGGAUAUUACAUGUAGGGGUAAAUUGCCAAUUUGACUACUGUGAAAACAUCCACAUACAGUACUGACUAAUAUUACAGUACGUCCCACAAAAAAGGAAACCAUGUUCAGAAAUAUAUUAUUGAAUAUGUUUUUUACUUUAAGUUUGAUACUCGUGGCAAGAGUGGAAUCUCAUCUCUAAUUUGAAACCAACAGCUUAGCAAAUCGUUCACGCAUGGCAGAUUACAAAUAAUAAAUAGUGAGGCAUAUCAGAAACGAUUUGCGCAGAAACUAACUCGUGAAUCUGAAUCUGUUCUCAUUUCAGGGAUCAGUGAGAGAAUCUUAAAGAAUACAAAAGAAAUGCUAAUGAGCCAAUCGUCGUUUCACAAACCAAUCUUGUCAAAUUUUUUUGCGCAUCCUGGUUUUGACAUUAACAUUUCCACCUCGUUUAUUUGCUCAUUAAUGCGUGAGGUGUUCAUCACAUCUUAGGUAUCAAAAUAAAGAGAAAUAAUUGAAUGAUAUGAUUAUGUAAAUUAGAUAUCAUAUUUCAUAAUUAUGCCUCUGAAUAAAAAAAAGAUGGGAAUCCUGGUUUCCUUUUUUCUGGGAUGCACUUUACAACUUGUUGAUAAUAUAGUCUCAAAAUAUACCCAAUAGAUAGGACAAGAAAAAUUUGUAAAAGUAGGCUUCAUACCAGGAAUAUGUUGCUAAGGAACAAAAUGAUCACUGAUUGAUGCCAGCCUCAUUAAAAAAGGGAGAAAUUGUAAUUCAUGCUAAGCAUCAUGAUUUUCAAAUAUUGAUAUUGAUAGGAAUUUAUGAAGAUAGUCUACAUCACAUAACACUGAUAGAGGUUUUAAACUAUGUGUUUGACAUUAAAAUUGAGUUUCUAUGUAUUUUGAAAUAUGAAAUAUAUAUUUGAAAAAAAAUGUACAUGUGCAUUUGUAUUGACGUAAAACCUACAGCUGUCACAAAUGAAUUCAAUGUCUAUGUAGUACACAUGUAUUAGUUUUGUCAUAUUCAUUAUUAGAUGUAAAAAUUAUUAGAUUUUUAAUUUAAUUAUUGUGCAAACUGAUAGUCAUUGUACUGGUAUGUGGUUUAAGAUAUUUGUGCACAUCAUGGUUUGUAUAAACAUGAAAUAAAGCAAUGAUAAAUUA